AUGAAGGAAUCGAAGAGAGGCUUGCGCGGAGGGGAUUCUGGAAGUCGCGGCGAGAAGUUGAGUACCGAGCCGAGGUUGACGAAGAUGGUUACUAAGCGAGGGAUGUGUGGAAGAGAUGGAGCGGUUCGAGAGAGAGAGGAUUGGAGAAUGGCUCGGUCGAGUGUUGAGGUUUUAGAAUAUGCAGUAGCUAUGUUUUUUUGUAGUUUUUGUAGUGAUGGUCUGGGAAUGGUUUGCAGCGAUACGGUAUAUAGCAGUAUGCAGGUUAAGCUUGCAAAAAUGGACUAUGUUCCUAUCUCUCUUGGUAGUCUUGUAGCAUGCAGGUUAUCUUCUCAUGCAGUAUGCAAUGAUGGUUAUGGUGUGAAAAAAUGGAAUAUGGUGUUUGCUUGGCUUAGUUUUGCAGUAAUGUGUUGGUGGUGUUACUAUGCCAGUUCACUUCCUUUUUGA